GAACUUUAUCCCAAAACAAAGACUACAUUUCCUCUCUAUUUAAACAUUGCACUUGUAUUGAUAAUUUCUUGAAAGUAACUAACUAGAAGUAGCUAGUAGUGCAAUUUAUUUCUUAAAUAUCUCCAAUGGCAAAAGAGAGAAUCCUAAAACCUUCCAAAUGGUUCUCUAAUAAGGGUCUUAGGUUAAGUCUCAAUCGUGGAAGAUCAAAAUCUAGUAGCUCAUCAACCCUAAGUUGCUCUCCUCCUUCUCCUAUGUCUCCAUGCACACCAAAAAAUAACACCUUAAAGGUUGAAGACGAGCUUAAAGAAGUUUUUCGCCAUUUCGAUACUGAUGGAGAUGAGAAGGUAUCAGCUCUAGAGCUUAGGUCUUUUUUCGGUUCAGUUGGUGAGUUUAUGUCACAUGAAGAAGCUGAGUCUGUGAUUAAUGAUCUUGAUUCAGAUGGGGAUAAGUUAUUAGACUUCAAUGAUUUCUUGAAGCUAAUGAAAAGGGAAGGUAACAGUAAUCCUAAUGAUCAAGAUCAUGAAGAUGACCUUAAGAAAGCAUUUGAGAUGUUCGAAAUGGAGAAAGGAUCAGGGUGUAUUACACCUAAAGGAUUGCAAAGGAUGCUUCAUCGCUUAGGUGAUUCGAAAUCUUAUGAUGAAUGCGUUGCUAUGAUUCAUGUUUUUGAUAUUGAUGGUAAUGGUGUUCUUGAUUUUCAUGAAUUUUACCAAAUGAUGGCUUAGUUAGUUAAUUAGAUUAAUUGUGCAAAAAUUGCAUUUAGAUGUAUAUGUGUGUACCUAUGUAUGUAUACCAAUUAAAGAAGGAAAAUGAGGGGAAAUAAAAAAGGAAAGAAAGAGAAAAGAGAACUCAUCUUCUUUAUUCCUUUGAUUUCCUCUUUCUAAUAGUUGUGAAUUCCUUUAUAGUCUUAUGUAUGUAUUCUUGAUAAAUAAUUGCUUCUCACUCUAAAUUUGAGUAUGAAAAUAAGCAAAGCAUGAGUUUUGGUUUGAA